AUGCUCAUCGCUCGUUCUAGUUUCUACGGCAUUACGAUUCUACAGACAGUGGUCUACUAUAAACAAUAUCCUAACGAUCCCAGGAUCUUUCGAUAUUCCGUCGCAGUACUAUGGGCCCUUGAUACACUUCAGGUUGCAUUAAACACCCAUGCCUUGUACUAUUAUAUGGUCGAGUCAUUUGGAAACUAUGCUGCCCUCCUUGAGAUCGUGUGGUACGUCCACCUCGCAUCGGCCGUUGCCCUGGGUUUGCCUAAAGUUACCGGCAGGAGUUUUCCGUUGCUACUCACAAUCAAUAUGUUAAUCGUUGUUGGUGUCCAAGCGUAUAUCUCUUUCAAUUGGUUCUCGAUAGAGAAGACUCAUUCUUCCAUACUACAGCUUAUACGCGGUCAGAAUAUGGAAACUUGGUCGACGUUUCCAUGUAGUGUUGCCUUGGUUCAUUAUUUAAAUCGCGUUUGGAAUCCACCCAGUUUCUUGCUGUCGCAGCAUCCCUCGGCACCGGAAUCUCUACGCACAGCUUCAGGAACAGACUUCUUCAUCGCCGCCGCAAUGUGCUACUACCUGCACAGGGGUACAUCAAUGACCAGCUUCUCCAGUACGACAAAGAUCAUCGCCGGAUUGAUGCGUCUUGUUGUGAUAUCCGGUCUGGCUACGAGUACAUGCUCGCUCCUUACUCUUGUCACGUUCGUGGCCUGGCCAAAGACUCUUAUUUUCAUUGCAGUUCAUUCCAUUCUGCCGAAGCUCUAUAUAAACUCCUUGCUCGCCAUGCAAGUUUAUCUCCCUCUCAUUUGGACGACGUCCUAACACUGAUUAGGUUGAAUGCGCGUAGCGUGCAAAAGAGGACGGGAACCCAAGAACAUCUUUCCAAUCAGAAGAUAUUCAGACUUUCCUUUCGCACAUCCAGCAGUGGAGUAAGCCACUCGGAAGAGGCGGUAUGUGGCACUCUCAUCGCCGAAGUAUAAACAAUGUUACUAUUUCUUCCCUCAAAAGUGAUAACAUGGCGUAUAGUCGAGAGUUUACCAAUCUGUCGGAGAAGAUACCGUAGUGGGAACCAUCGAUACUCACCGACUUGUUUGCAAUAGAUGUCGGUUAGACUCAGUAGUAUCAUCGUAACAAAGGGGAAAGGUGUAUCGGACGCGUGUUCUGUCUGUAAAUUUCAAUAGACGAAGCAUUUUACUAUCCUGGAUACGUCGUACAGUGCAGCGUAUUUACACAGAUGUUCAUGAG